AAGCUGAGCUGUUCCUGAAAAGAGAUGAAGAUGCUGCUUUUGGCUCUGAUUCUGCUCACACUGCCUGGUGUUGUCACUCAGUACAGCGGUUACAGUGUGAAAUAUCCCAAUAAUCUGAUCUGUGCUAUGAGAGGAUUCAGUGUCUCCAUUCUCUGUAGUUAUUCUUAUACAAAAUCAAAUCCCAACAUUCAGUUGACACAAAAGCUUUGGUGCUCAAUGAACUCAAACACAGAUUUGUGUGUGAAGCCUCCGUAUGUUUAUGACAGUUCAUCAAACACAAAGUCAGACUUUGAGUACGUUGGAGACGACGAAUCAAACUGCACUUUAUUAAUCCACAAUCUACAGUUCAGUUAUUCCGGAGAGUACAGAUUCAGAUUUAUCACUAAUGGGACCGGUGGCAGAUACACAGGUGAUCCUGGAGUGACUCUACAAGUGACAGAUUUAAAGGUGUCACUAAUCAGGCUCAGUGGAAACGGGACCCUUAAACAAGGAGACUCGUUAAAUCUGACGUGUGAUGUGACAUGCACACACAGUUCCUCACAGUUCAUGUGGUCUAAGAACAACGAGCUCUUACCUGAAUCAGGACCCGUUCUUCACUUUCCUGCUCUAACCGUGAGGGAUUCUGGGAAUUACACCUGCACUUGGAAAGCCAACGAGGCCUCAGGAUCUGAAACGAUCAGCCUUCACGUCGAGGGUGAAAAUCCUGAUCAGUGGUUAAUCUGGAUCAUUGUCUCGGUGUCAGUUGGAGUGAUUUUCAUCGUCUCCGUCAUCUUAGUGAUUUACAUCAGGAGAUGUGAGGAGCUGAAGGAGGACAAUUCAGACAUCUACACCACAGUACAGUACAGUACAUUCACCAUCAACUGAUCACACUUUCACACCUCACUUACUUCAUCCCAGACUUCGGUGUGUGUGUGUGAUAAUAAAAUCCUGAGCGAUAGGGUGGUAUGAUAAAGCAGAGUUACUGUUAUCACCCUGAAGUUUAUUAUUUUCCUAAUAAUAAACUCCCACUUCCCACGUGUGUUUUAUUCCUCUUACACCACAACAAUUUUCCCAUUUUUAUUGUAUUAAACAACGACACAUUACACUCUGUAUAUUAAUCUGUAUUUAAUGUUGUGGAACAUCUGCAAAAUGAGUUUGUUCCUGUUAUGAAUUAUGUUACAGCAGCAAUAAACAGUUGUUCCCUCACCAGCUUCUCGGAUUAAAAAAAAAAACCCCGCAGCUUGUUGUGUUACCGUGAAACACGGUAAUAGAUAAAUAACUCCUCAUAGAAAACUUCACCAUAUCAACAAGUUUAUUAGUCGGGUUAUGCCCCGUAAAUGAGCUGUUACUAUAGCAACGAUAACAGAGUAGACCGAGAGCAUUAAUAUAAACCUGUGCUACUGUCAGAGCUGCUGUUAUAGAGAAUUAAUCAACACCUUCUGACCAGUCAGAGUCCAGAACUCAGCAGGGUUGUAAGGGUGUAAGGUUGGUUGGCUUAGAAACAAAGUGAUACUGAUACUGAGCUGCAGGUUUAUGAUAUGAUAUGAUAUGAUAUGAAAUGAUAUAUGUUUAUGAUAUAUGUACAACAACAGUAAUUAACUAUGGAAACUAGAGUCACUUGUGGAGGAGUGAUGCCACAGAAAAGCAUUCACCCGAUUGUCCAGAGCAGAGUUAUUAAAGUUCUGAAAUUUUCAAGUUUUUAUUUUUAUUUAGUCUUUCAAUUAAUUUUUUUUUUAAAUUUCAGUUUAGUUCUAGUUGGUUUAACAAGUGCAUAAGUGAUAUUAGCUUUAUUUUAAUUUUGAGGAAUUGACUCAUUUUUGAGCCCUGUGAUGACCUGGCGACUUGUCCAGGGUGUACCCCGCCUUUCGCCCGUAGUCAGCUGGGAUAGGCUCCAGCUCGCCUGCGACCCUGUAGAACAGGAUAAAGCGGCUACAGAUAAUGAGAUGAGAUGACUCAUUUUUGUAUUACUUUUAGUUUUACAGCAUGAAGCACAGCAAGCUGCCUCUUCUUCUUCUUCUUCUUCUUCGGAGUUUUACGGCAGCCUGCAGUACAUUACUGCCACCUACUGGAACUAGUCUAUUACUGUCUCAAGGGGACAUAGAUAGAUAGAUAGAUAGAUAGAUAGAUAGAUAGAUAGAUAGAUAGAUAGAUAGAUAGAUAGAUAGAUAGAACUUUAUUGUCAUUCACCUGUACAUUCAGAAUGCAAAUUUGAAUGAAAUUUCAUUCCACUGGCUUACGUCAAUAUAACUGCCGCAUAAAUAUUGCAUAUAAUCCAGUAACCAAAAAAUAUAAAAUUUACAAGGAGAUACUUAAAAAUACUUAAAUAAAAUAAUAUUCUAUAUAAUAUGAAGCUCAUUUUAGCUCGUGUUGCUUUGUUCAUUGUAGUUGUUAUUUAGUUUUUAGAUUUUUAUUUCAGUCAGCAACAGGUUGGAAUCUCGAUCUUGCCAGGAAGGGACGACUAUAAUUAUCAUCCUGCUGGAUGUCCAGCAUUUUCCUGUACAUUCGUAAGAUAAACCUUUCUAAAAAAUGUCUGAGUGAUACAGGUUGCAGUUCCUUUUUUCUCUCUUGACGUAACAAUGAAAAGACAGAUGUGUUUCUUCAGAGAGGAAGUGUUUCUCAAGUUGCAGUAAAUUCUGUUGUUUCUCAAAGAUGUUUAAAUCUGACACUGAGACCAUGUUCCUUUCUCUUGAUUUCCUCACUUUAGUUAUGAACAAAGCAGAACUGAAGUUACUGAUUGUUGCAGAUUUAAGAACAUCAUUGUCAUGAUGCACAAAAAGCACACUGUAUAAGAUUUAUGAAAGAUACUGUGCAGAUUGGGACACGAAAAAAAUUAACAACAAAUUUACAUGAAUAACAAU